UUGUUUUUAUUCAUUAAGUAUAGUUAUUUAUUGUUACUGUUUUGUUUUAUUUUGUUCAAAAUGGAGGUUAUUGAAGAUGGAAAUAUUAUGGAUCGCAUACCUAUUCUCUUGCAAAGAGACAUUGAAUACUAUGAGAAAAACCACACAGUCUUAUCAGAAUCUGUAUGCAAAGGAGUAGUGGGUGGGCGGCUUGACUUCCCAAGAAAUGCUUCCUUUGCUUCCGUGAAGAUUGUCAUAUGGCUAGAAGAAGAAUUCUCCAUUGCUUUCAAACACGGCUCCGGCAUGUUCGUGACUAUAGACGAAGGCGACGAGAGCACAGACGGAGGCGUCGCUAAGACGUCAGACCCCGACAAGUUUGUGCAACUUGCUGUCAAAUCUGCUGACUUGUUAUUAGAGCACCUUCACAUGUUAGCCCAAGAGGCCCUAGACCAUGCCGAUCUGCCAGUACUGACAUCUACCCUUGGUGCUGCGGCACUUCUGAGAAACAGUCUCUACUGCUAUCUUCAGCAUACCGAGGAGAUGGGUAGUUCGGAGAGACAUGCGACGCUGCAGGCGUGCUACAAACGCUACGCGCACAUGGCUGAGGCGGUGGCGGAGCGCGUGCUGGACCUGCACGCGCGCGUGGUGUCGCUAUACGUGCUGCAGGACGCCGGCGGCCGCGCGUCCGCCACCGCCGCCACGGCGAGCGUGCACGGCUGGUGGCUGUAUAUGAACGGUAGCCGAAAGGACUUAUGGGACACGGUCCCGCCGCGAAUGGCACAGAGGAUAUUCGCUGGAAUGCUGAAUGAGACCUUGACUAUUCUUACAGUUCGAUAUUGCCAGACCAACACAACAGAAGCAAGUACCCCAACCCUCAUAAACGACAUCCUCAAUAUCUUGCUCUGCGUAGCCCAAUUGUUACCUUCCAUCUGUGCCAAUGGCCUUGACCUGGCCGGGCUGGAUGUGAAGCAGCAAACUAGGGAUGUGCGAGAUGUCCAUUCUAAAUGCAAUGAGCUGUUCAAGUGCAUGGUUUAUCGAGGAGCAGAACUGCAUUUCAUAUAUCAGGCUUUCAAAGAGCAGCAAGACACUCCUCUCCCAAAAGACUGCCCGUACCCCUGGUUCACAUUCGUGAGUCCGCACUUGUUCGACAGCUUCGAUGACUUCACCACACAAGACCUUCCGUUGAAGACUGCUGUAGGCCUGGAACUGAUAGUUCUGUUGGCUCAGCCGCAACCGUCUUGGGCGUCUGUGGUCAAGGUUAUAAUGAUGCGUAACUGCCAUCUCGCCCGCUUACUCCUUAUCGAAGCUAUUCGCAACAUGUCCGAAGAGAAUUCAAAAUGGCCGGCCAACGGUCUGUGGUACAACGUGGAAGGAACUAAGAAACGUUGCAACGGUUUCUUGUGUACUGCCGACGGGUAUUGCAACUUUAAGGGAGACGACAAUGCGGGCGAGCAAUACGCGCGAGCGGCAGGCGCGCUCACCUACGUCCUAGCUACGAUCGGUAGUAAAGCGGAACUCAAAUCAACACUGUGUUACGCGCUCGAGGUGUCCGGCAGAGACUGGGCCGCGUGCUUGGAUAAGAGACAGGUGUGGUGCGACCGACGACCGCCAUGGCUAGCAGCAUUGCUCGGGCUGAUCGGUACCGCGCUACAGUUCAUACCGCCUGUGCUUGUGAAAGCUGUGCAGAGCGGCGCCUCUAUGUACCAGACCAUGUCCCUCUGCCUAACGUGCAUCUCGCGCUGUUGGGCCUGCAUCCCGCGCGCCUUCACGGCGGCGUGCGGCUGCGUGCAGGGCGGCGCGCGCGCGGGCGCGGGCCCGGCCGGCGGCUCCGUGCUGCUGCAGGCGCUGCUCACGGCGCUGUACGACGAGAUGCUGAAGUGGGCGCGCAACGAGCAAGCUAGAGAACAAGCUGCUGCAUCCGAAGCAAAUGGUGAUCUACAGCACUCCAGCGCCACAAAGGCGCGCACCAAGCAUGUGAGGAUCGCCGGACUCGGACAAACUAACCCCUCGCACAGCUUCGACAGUAGCCACAGCCAGGCGUCUUCAAUCGCCAUCGCCAUUGCGGAGGCCCUGUGCUCUAUAGAUGAAGACCAUAAACACACCCGCGAGAUAGAACAACUUGUCGCGUUGUCUAAGAAGACUUUUACGAUAUCCGACCAGUUCGGCUUGGAGGACUUCCCUGGAUUUGCGGAGUUCUAUGAAGAGGGUAACGUAAACGGGUCAAACGCAGAGCGAGCCAGCGACGCAGCUGCUUUGACCAGCCAGAUCUUGAUGACGCCACCUGGUCGAGACAGUCUCAGGGUAAUCUACGAUCACCUCCAGCUGCACUCGGAGAAGAUCUUUACUGAACUGGGGCUGCAGGCAACGAGCGAAUCUAUACCGUUGCAUAAGGCUCCGUUGCUGUACAUCAUGUUCCAUAUCGGACGACGGCCAUUCGACCAAUAUCUACGUAAAGAAUGGCCGAUGCCGUGGAGCAAGCUCGUAUCCGCGGCGAAGGCGUGGUCCGGCGUAGAGGGCGCCCGGGUUCACGUUAACAGAAGACAUGACUUACGCAGCGUCAGGGGACAGAGCAAGAACAAGCAGUUGGCAGAGUUAUAUGACUUGUUUAGAGCCCCUGCGACCGGGGUACUGUAAAAGAAAUACUCUAAUAUAAUAGUAAUAAGUUUAAAAAUUGUGUGACAUGCUCCGGCAGUGAAAGCGUCCAGUACACGUUAACAGACGACAUAACAUACGCAGCGUCAGGGGACAGAGCAAGAACAAGCAGUUGGAAGAGUUAUAUGACAUGUUUAGAUCCCCAGCUACAAGGCUGCUGUAAAAAGUUACUGUAAUAUUAUAAAAUUGAUCAAGACAUAGUCCGGUGUUAAUAGCACGCUAACAGAAGACAUGACAUACGAUGCGUCAAGAGAUAGAACAAGAACAAGCAUUUGGCAGAGAUAUACGACCUGUUUAGAGCCCCAGCCACAGGGCUUCUUUAAAUACAUACUCAACUUUACUCAAGUGGAAUAUAAAUACGAUUGAAAAUUGUUUGACAGACCAGGAACAAGCAGUUGGCAGUUUUACAACUCGUUCAGCGCUCCAAGCGCAGGUCUGAAAGUUACUCUGAUAGGAUAGUAAUAAGCUAGAAAAUUAUAUAUAAGAUACGGUCCGCCAUGGACAUAUCUAAGCACGCUAUAGCAGAAGCAGCGUCUAUGGACAAAGCAAGAAAUAGCAGUUUCGAGCUAAAAAGUUUAUCUAAUAUAAUAGGGAAAAAAAUAAGCCAUAUUAAAAAUUGAAGGUUUUAUUUAAAAUUAUACCAACUUUUAUUUUCUAACUUAGUAUAGACAUAAUACUCGUAGAUACAGCAAAAAGAAACAGAGCUAGAUUUUUUAAAAUUAAGAUACCUAAUUAGUACGAUAUAUUCAGAAUCUUUGUGACGGGCUCAUACAAGUGUGAAAUUUAACGAAUAAUAAUAUUGUUAUAAAAAGUAGGAAAGCCGGUACCUUUCCUUAUACGUACUAGUUUUCAAAUAAAAAAAAAUACAUAAUAUGUAUUUAAUUCAAUGUACCUAUUCCUCUUUCAAAAUACAAAGGUGCUCAAGUAAA